AUGUCUGUAUUGCCAGAAGGCCCAUUCGCCAGGCUACUGGCGCAAUAUUGCCUGCCGCGUCUGUGAUUCUACUGAGCAUCAUCCGGCCCUAUGCCCUCUCAGCAGCUACUUCCUUAUUCGUGACAUUGGUCCAGACGUGUCGAAAUUCUUCGGAGCCAUGUAUGUUCUUUAUGAGAACUACCAUCGUUGCCGUUGAACAACCGUAUGAAGACGCCACCAGCUGUUUCAACUACUGGACGUUCGUGAUGGUCAACGUUGCAAGUGGACAAUCGACAUCAUGGUUCAAGUCAACAACGUGGUCGACGCCAACAUCAACGUGCAGUUAGUUGGAAUCACAACAUCUUUUUUGUUGCUCUUAUAUUCUCUUUAGUUAAGCAUUUGUAUAAUUUGUUCUCAAUUGUACUCAAUUCCUUGCCUUAUCAUUACGGUGCUUUUCUGAUGUGCCCUUACGGCCUCAAUAUUUGUUUAGUCGAUGCAUACUGAAGCUUUACUUACACUUGAUUGGUCACAUAUUUUCGUAUAUUUUGUACUCUCACGAUGAUCGGCAGGUUCUGGGUCCCCCUUUCUUUUGCCAUUCUUUUGUCUUCACAGGGUGGGUGCAUUUCGGCCCCCGGAGUGUCGUGCCUCUCGCACGACCACCACGGUUUACAGCAUGCGUCGGGAGGAAACCGCGCUCUACAUCCACUCGCAGUCGGUCCUAAAGCGAAGGGCAGAAAUUGCCAGAGACGCGGGGAACUACCUAUAAGCGUAUCAUUUCGCUGCGUAGCUACCCAAUUCAGUCGUCAGUAUGUAUUCGUCGUGCGAGGCUGGUGGAUCGUCGCGUUCCUUUUAUUCCGUCCCGUGGGCCUUCCCCGUAACCGUCGAUCAUCGUCUCUCAACUCAUCUGCUCUUCUCAUCACCUCUCGUCUCGUAUCCAGGUCAGUAAUUGCCCAAUUGUUUUAUUCAAGUAUGUUUUUUAGUAUAAUGCAAUUGCAUAAUGAUAUUUCACUUGCCAUUUCCACAUUAUUUGAAGUUCCUUAUGUUGUGCCCAUAUAUGAUAUAAAUGUAGCGUAUUAUUAUUUUUAUGUAUUUAUACGGGAUUAA